AUGACGGUGCACCAUACUGCACCACGACUAAAAUAUUUUGACCACGCGACAUCUCGAAAUAUCAUCAUUUCGUUCUAUUUCCUGAUCAUGCAUGUCUAUGCCUAUCUGGCUAUUCACACGGAAGCCAUUGAUAGCAGUUUGGGAUAUUUUUAUUUUGCAUCUGUACUCUCAUUUCUUGCAUUUUUGGAGUUGCUAACAAGCAUCCACUUAUAUCGGCUGAAACGAUUCGUUGUCAAUUUGCAAACAAUGCUGGGUGCACCAAAAAGCAUUCUGUGGAAGUGA